CGGCAGCAAGCGCAAGACACAGCAGGCUACGAGGGUGAAGCGCGUUUACCGAAACCGUCGCGAUAGUAGCAGCAGUAGUAGUAGCAGCAGCAGCAGCAGCAGCAGCAGCAGCAGCAGUAGUAAUAGCAGUAACAGCAGCACCAGUAGUACCAACAGCAGCAGCUCCAGCAGCUCCAGCAGUAGUAGCAGUAGUGAAGAGAGUGACAACGAGAGCACCACUAGCGCUAGCCUGUUGCGUACGAGCAGUCGUAACAGUAACUCCACGAAUACCAGCAGCAACACCAGCAGUAAUUUCAGCAUCGAAUGUGGCAACAACAUUAGCAUCUCCGCCAGUAAGGCGCAUCGUGAAUCUACCGAACGGAAGGGUACGAAAACGGCUUCUCCGGCGAAAGUGGAAGUGAAGCGUACGCGAAGUGCUACCGGCCGGAAGGAAAGACAAAAAAGAAAGAAGAAUGCUGACAGCAAGACAAAGGCAAGGCAUGCUGAGGAAGAAGCGAUGUCGACGACAACGAAGGCAACUAUCGCCAAAACGACACCCGUUUCGGCAAGUAAACCGAAAAAAGCUAAGAAAAAAUCCAAAUCGAAGAAGGCUCCUACGGCCAGCACCACCACCGCCUCCACCGGAACACCGGACGGUGGUGUGAAAAUCAAAAAAUCGUCCAGCAACAACACCAGCACCGGUAGAAAGCGCAGCAAGGAGCAAACCGGUGGCAGCAGGAGAUCGAAACGUGCAAAGCGACAGGAAACCGAAACCGAUGCGUCUCAGGGAGUAGGAUUAGUGGUGGCGUCAGGGACAGGGACCGGACAUGUGGUCCCGGAAAAGGGUGCGAAAAUGAAACCGCAGUACUUUGUCGAAACCCGUCCUUCCAGUUCACCGACCACAGAAAUCGCUUCAGAUGGGGAAGCCGACGGCAGCGGCGGUAAGAAACGCAAGUUAAAGAGCGUUAUUAUCAAACGUUACCACCACAACCAAACGCCACAGCAAGCGCCGGUAGCAUUACAACCACAACGCCAACCGGGCGCCAAUGCGACACAACAGGAGCAGCAACCAUCGACUUCCGGUGUAGCGGCGAAUUGUCUAAAAUCGAGUAUGCCGUCGCCACCAUCGUUCUGUUCCUCGACAACGACGCUCGUGACCGAGGAAGCAACAGCGGCAUGUAGCAGAGAAACGGUCAUAGCAAGCGCAGCGGUUGACAUGGACACGGACAUCAUCGAUGUGAUGAAACUGUCUCCAAACGUAUCGGGCACAGAUACGGAUACGGACGUACCGGAUGAAGUUGCUGAUUGGCAGGAAGUGGUGGAAGCGACGAUCACCGAAGCGGAAACGCCAGCCCCUUCAGUCAUCAUGAGCACGGCUCAACUGACCCAACCAGCGUCCCCCAACGUCGUGCCACUGUCUGCGGAUCAUCUAUCGUUGCUUCAACCGAGCGACGAUAGUCAACUGCUGGUCGAUACGAAUCCGGUCAUCUCGGAAUCGUUGUUUGCGCAGAUCGAUCAAACACUCAGCUGGCCGAUCAUCGAUCCACCACCGAUCGAGGACGAUCGACUUUCGGCAACGGAUUCACCCUUCUCGCCUAUGUCGUUCCCACCGUCCACGGCUUCCGUGUCGCAAUCGUCGCCUCCACCUCCACUAUCGUCCGAAUCGUUUCCACUGGAUCCCACCACCAACCCCUCCUCUCCGCUGCAUCUUAUAGACAGUCUGGUAGAUGCGCUCGGAACCGAUGGAUCCCCGCUGCCCUCUUCCGUCAUGGAUACGGCCACGAUCGAAGUGACGAUCGAUGAACUUAUGACAGCGAUCCCCGAAUCCUCUGCUAGCCAGCCCCUGGACACCAUUGUCGCUUCAUGUCUUGUUGCCGACGCCGAAGCUGGUGCUUCUGCACCCGAGGAAACUCCGGUACCCCCGGCAGCCAGUGAACUGGUGGUCCCGGCAUCACUACCGGAGCAGGAUAGCGGAACCGUGAUUGGGGCUGAGGUGCAGCUGUGAGAUCUAUUGCGAAUAAUCGAUUUCAUCGAUUGGUAGACUGGUGUCCACGGCCAGUCGAGCGAGCAUUUGAAGAUUCCGCCAAGGAAUGUUCCGCCUCGAUAAACGACAGACGAGCAGACAAAGUUGGCCAGAAAUGCUACCAGAGAAAGAGCGAGAGAGAGCGAGAUCCCUCCGAUGGACGGGUCCGAAGUGUACAAAAAACGUCUGUGUAGGAACGCGCCUGUUUCACGGCGCUACCGAGAGACCAUCCGGCAAUGGUCCCAAGAUUCUGCUCCCUUCUACAACACACACUAUCGAUUUUACGUUCAAGCGUCACAUUUGCUAGCUUAGUUUAGUUUUUUACUUUAAUAAAUAGAUCAUUCUCGAGAGGGUCGUGAAUCACGUGGAAGAAUGGACGGAAUGGCCUAGGGCAGCAUAGGUGAGUUGUAAAUACAGUGUAGUGCAACAUCCGGUGCGGUGUGUGAGAGCAAUGCAACAAAUGUAUAGGGUAAAGUAAGAACGUAGGCAAAAUGAGGGAUUAAUGGUGGUCAUCAUGAACAUGCGUUUGCCGUUGAACCGUUCGGCAGAAUAAGAUAAUGCGCGCGCACUACAUAUAAAUAUAAACUACCCUUCUCCGCCUCCUCCUAGUAGAUUGGCAGCAAAGUAUUUUGCUCGUUCCGUAAUCGUAAUUUGCCGUGCAUCCGGGGGAAGGCGUACGACACUGUUCAUGCAAAACGGCGCCACCCGGAACCAUAUUGAUCGAUCGUUGAAUUAUAGCUUGUAUUACUUGUAAUCUUUUUUCUAAAAUAUAAACGAACUAAGCGAAAAACGAUAA